AUGGCUUACUACGGUAGCGUUACACUCAAAGAUGCGCGCCUGGCGCAAGCGAUUGAGCUUCUCCACCUGGCCGCAGUCUGCAGAACUGAUAAGAUGCGGUGGCGUCCCAACAUCACCAGCAGCGACCCCGUCAGCCUGGCCGCGGUUUGGGCCGCAGGUUAUCGCCCCAAUCGACGAGGCCGCGCCACCGGAUGGCCCGCGGCCGGAUUGACGUCCGCUUUGCACCAGGCCGGCUUGCUAGAGCCAACAUACAUCCAUACAUCCAUCUUGGUGUGCUUGGUGUGCUUGGUGUGGGGUGAUGGGUGA